AUGCUCAUCUACUUCCUGGUUUUAUUAUAUUCUUCUCUGUUCAUCUACUUCCUCGCUUUAUUAUAUCCUCCUCAGCACUUCUACAUUCUGGCUUUAUUAUAUGCUCCUCUGCUCAUCUACUUUGUGACUUUAUUAUAUCCUCCUCUGGUCAUCUACUUCCUGGCUUUAUUAUAUUCUCCUCAGCUCAUCUACUUCCUCGCUUUAUUAUAUCCUCCUCAGCACUUCUACAUUCUGGCUUUAUUAUAUCCUCCUCUGCUCAUCUACUUUGUGACUUUAUUAUAUGCUCCUCUGCUCAUCUACUUCCUGGCUUUAUUAUAUCCUCUUCAGCUCAUCUACUUUUUGGCUUUAUUAUAUCCUCCACUGCUCAUCUACUUCCUGACUAUAUUAUAUCCUCCUAUGCUCAUCUACUUCCUGGCUUUAUUAUAUCUUCCUCAGCUCAUUUACUUCCUGGCCUUAUUAUACCCUCUUCUACUCAUCUACUUCCUGACUUUACUCAUCUACUUCCUGGCUUUAUUAUAUCUUCCUCAGCUCAUAUACAUCCUGACUUUAUUAUAUCAACCUCAGCUCAUCUACUUCCUGGCUUUAUAUUAUCCUCCUCAGCUCAUCUGCUUCCUGGCUUUAUUAUAUCUUCCUCAGCUCAUCUACUUCCUGGAUUUAUUUUAUCUUCCUCAGCUCAUCUACUUCCUGGCUUUAUUACAUCUUCCUCAGGUCAUCUAUUUCCUGACCUUAUUAUAUCAGCCUCAGCUCAUCUACUUCCUCGCUUUAUUAUAUCUUCCUCAGCACAUCAACUUCCUGGCUUUAUUAUAUCCUCCUCAGCUCAUCUACUUCCUGACUCAAUUAUAUCAGCUUCAGCUUAUCUACUUCCUUGCUUUGUUAUAUCUUCAGCUCAUCUACUUCCUGACUUUAUUUUAUCAGCCUCAGCUCAUCUAG